GCCCGGAAACACGUUAUACCAGAGAUGUUCUUAAGAAGAGAUUAACUGAUCCUCCUUUUUUUUUCCCGUUUUGCCUAAUAUGUCUUGGAUAACAUUGAUACGGAUAUAUUUAUUUUUGUUAAAGGCAAGAGUCAUAACUACAUAACAAAAAUAUAUAAAAAUAAUUACGACCGACGUUUAUAAGGAAUUUCUAGCGGGUUCUUUGUUCAAAGAAGCCAACGUAAAUGUUCCGUCUUAUAGGUAAAAGUGAGGGUUCAACCCUACAGAACAUCUCUGAUAGAGCGAGAAUUUCGCGGGUAGUUCUCAAUUUGCGCAGUCAGAAAACACAAAUUUGAACAUUUAUAACUUGGUGUUUGGGGCUAACAUUUGAAGAAGACCAAGCAUGUUCUCCGAGCUGAGUGCCCCAAGAGACGGCUCCUCUCUCCUGUGCCGCCCGACAGAGGACCAGGACCAGGCCCCAGUGUUCGAGAGGGCUUCCCCGGCCUACAGCCCCCACUCGGAGCGCUUUGGAGUUGGGGAACGGAGCUUCAGUCGUCAGUAUGCUCAUAUUUACGCUGCACGACUCAUGCAGAUGAGACCGGUGCUCUCGGAAAAAGCGCAACAAAAGUGGGGAUCGAAUGUACUCGUCCGUCAACUGUGUGAUCUUCAGACUGGAGAACAGUGUUGCAUUGUGGGAACGUUGUUCAAGCGUAUGGACUUACAGCCAUCCAUCCUUAAGGAGAUCAGUGAGGAUCACAACCUGCUGCCCCAGCCUCCCCGAGUUAAAUUCAUCAGUGACAACGACGUGCUGAUCCUGGAGGACGAGCUUCAGAGAAUCAAACUAGAAGGCAAAAUUGACAUAGAUAAGUGUGUGACAGGUAGCGUCAUUGCAAUAUACGGAGCUGAGAGGAAUGAUGGCAAGUUCACAGUGGAGGACUUCUGCACAGCUGAUCUCCCAGUGCAGACUGCAAGACCCGCACUGAGUGCAGAUAGAUUUGUGCUGUUGGUCUCAGGACUCGGUCUCGGAAGCAGUCAUGCUGACAGCAUGCUUGGACUACAGCUGCUGGUGGACAUGGUCACGGGUCAGCUCGGGGAACAAGGGGAGCAGAGUGGGGCAGCGACAAUAUCAAGAGUGUUGAUGGCGGGAAACCUCCUAAGUGAGAGCACUCAAGACAAAGAUGCCUCGACCAGGGCCAAAUACCUGACCAAGAAGACUCAAGCUGGCAGUGUAGAGGCCAUUCGCUUGUUGGAUGAGUUACUGCUACAGCUUGUGUCAUCAGUCCCAGUGGAUGUGAUGCCCGGCCAGUACGACCCCACCAACUACACGCUGCCUCAACAGCCUUUGCACCGCUGCAUGUUCCCUCUGUCUUCAGUCUACCCCACCCUAAAGUUGUCCUCCAACCCAUACCAGGCCACUGUGGAUGGAGUGAGAUUUCUUGGAACCUCGGGUCAGAAUGUCAGCAACAUUAUGCAGUACAGCAGCAUGAACAGUCACCUGGAGAUUCUAGAGGAAACACUACGAUUGCGCCACCUCGCUCCAACAGCACCGGAUACCCUCGGUUGUUACCCAUUUUAUAUGAAAGAUCCGUUCAUCUUGGAAGAGUGUCCCCAUGUUUACUUCAGCGGGAACGCCCCUACCUUCGAGUCAAAGCUUCUUUCAGGUCCUGAUGGCCAGGAAGUCCUCUUGGUCACCGUCCCAAAGUUCAGCAGCACCCAAACAGCAUGCCUUGUCAACUUACGCACUCUUGAAUGUGAGCCGGUCAGCUUCUCCGCUUUUUCUGCUGGCGACGAUGACGAGAGCGAGAUGAACGUCAGCCACUGAGGGUCCGUAAUAACUUUUAACAUAAUGCCCACACAUGUACAGUAUUAUGAAAGGUUUUCUUGGUAACAUAAAAUCUUCCAAGGUUAUUAAAAUUGGCCUACAUUUGAAACUCAAUUUCUCACACACGUAUGAAGAAACACUGUCAGACUUCAUUUCAUAUAAAGUAUAUUUUUCAUGGGUGUAAACAGAGUAAAGAGUUACAUGUGGUGUAAAAACAAA